CGAGCCGAUCGGCUCCUUAUCGGCCCUGCCCGGCUGGGCGCCUGGAGAGGCUCGGUGCCCGAGACCGACGCCGUGCUCUGCGGAGAGUGGCAAGUGCGACGAGCGGGAGACGGGAUAGUACUGCACUCGUCCGUACUUGACAUGCUGUGUCCAAGAGGAAGGGCAGGAUAUUGUCCCAGAAACGCGGGCUCAGGUUACUGGACGCCCGGUCCUGGCUGGGCCUCGGAAGCACGUCCCGACCGCCGGCUCGGUGGCCGUGGAACCCAUGGCCUGGCGAGGCGGUGGGCGCUCCCACGCCGGAGGCGUUCAAGGGGCAGCCGGACAGCCGUCUGGCAGGCGCGCCUGGGCUCGAGCAGGGCCGGACCUGAUGGUCUUGGCACCCUCUGCUAGCUUUACUCUUCUAUGUCCUGUUAGCUGAGGAGAGUUCCCUCGCACACAAUAUAUUUCAGCCUCCAAGAGACAACAUCUCUGUAAUAUUUGAAAAAAUAGUGGAGCUGAGAAAACAAGGUAUAACAUCGGCCUUGAAAAGCUGCUUGAGCAAGGCUCUCGGUGCAUUUUUCUUGAUCGAUGAACAACAGCCAACAUUCGCAGUAGCAGCACAUUCCUUACUUCUGGAGCUGUGCGGAUUUUGCCCAAAAAGUAGAGUGCUGGUUGUACCCAAAGCCAUGUAAAUAUGCUGAUAGUGCCCAAGCUGUGUGAUGCUGUGGUCGCUGCACGCAGAAUCUGCUGUGUUCUGUUUGAGUGCAACAGAAAGUCCCUUUGUUCAAAGAGUUCCUCUCAUGCAACUUUGCUAGACAGUUACAUAAUGCUUUGCAGCAGCCAGUUAUCUUGGUGUCAGAACAGUUUUAGCAUCUUGGGAUUCUUGCUGCGUUGCAUCAGUUCUUAGCUACGGGGCAGAGUGUGUGCUUUGGACCACUCUGUCGUGCUUUUGGGCCACGCCUUUUGUCUGGCUCCUGUGAGAGAGCAGAAAUUGAUUCAGCUGGCUUAAUCACUGGCUGAGCUAGCCUGGGACUGGCUGACAGCCACUCCUGCUUGGGAAGACGGGAUAGUGCAGUGCUGUCAUGCCGAAGUAUGUCAUCACUUGGACCGGCGAAAGGCAGAAACUUCAAAGCAAGCUUAUUGGCAGGCAUGAGGCGGUUGUCAUUUCUGGGAGAAAGCUGGCACGGCAAAUCAAGCAAGAAGCCCGUCAUGAAGUCGAGCAGUGGGUCGCCGCUGGUAACAGGAGACCUCACCUCAGCGUGGUUCUCGUUGGCGAAGACCCCGCGAGUCACUCCUACGUGCUGAACAAAACCAAAGCGGCAGCCGAUGUAGGAAUCAGCAGUGAAACGAUCCUGAAGCCAGCCUCUGUGACAGAAGAGGAGCUGCUGGAUCUAAUAGCCAGGCUGAACCAGGAUGCCGGUGUGGACGGGCUGCUGGUGCAGCUGCCUCUGCCUGAACAUAUCGAUGAGCGAAAAGUCUGCAAUGCCGUGCACCCCGAGAAGGAUGUCGAUGGCUUCCACGUUGUGAACGUGGGCCGGAUGUGCCUGGACCAGGACUCCAUGCUGCCAGCCACUCCGUGGGGCGUGUGGGAGAUCAUCAAGCGAACCGGAAUCCCAACUCUGGGCAAGAAUGUGGUGGUGGCGGGUCGGUCAAAGAACGUCGGAAUGCCCAUUGCGAUGCUUUUGCACACCGACGGCAGGCAUGAGCGGCCUGGAGGGGACGCAACCGUGACCAUCUCCCAUCGCUACACUCCCAAAGAGCAGCUCAAGCAGCACACAAUUCUGGCGGACAUUGUGGUUGCAGCAGCAGGCAUUCCUAACUUGAUCACAGCUGAUAUGAUCAAAGAGGGAGCAGCCGUGAUCGAUGUCGGCAUAAACCGAGUUCAGGACCCUGUAACUGCGAAACCAAAACUUGUUGGAGAUGUAGAUUUUGAAGGGGUUAAGCAGAAGGCCAGCUACAUCACCCCAGUUCCUGGUGGGGUUGGCCCCAUGACUGUUGCCAUGCUCAUGAAAAACACCAUCAUUGCUGCGAAGAAGAUGUUCCGACCCCAGGAGUUCGAAGCACUGAGCGUUUAAUGUUGGACCCCUAGUGGUCACCAGCGACAUUCCAAGUCGCCUCUCAAACACAGGCUAAAAGCAAUGCAAUAUUUAUUUAUUUGAUGGAAAGCUCAUCAAAGAAUAGCAGAGGCUGCUGGAAUAGUUGCACCCCAAUGCGGAGCGUCUCGUGCAGUGCAUUAUGUUUGGCAGCUGCCAUUUAGACUGCUCUGUUGCUGAAGUGCAGGAGCUGAAAGUGUUGCUAGAACAGCAGGCUGGAUGAUAAUUGCUCAAAACCCAGGAGGGGAGGGUAGCAGAAGGCCAAGAACUGGUGUGCAGAGGACAAAGUUUCCACAUGCACUUAAUGCAGUGACAGCUGCCCAGUGCAAACGAAGCUCUGAAGAUGCUCUGGCAUUUGCUGGGAUUCUGCAACAGCUGUUCUACAGUCAGAUGUUACUAUUUUCUACAACAAAUUAUUUAUAUGACUUUUGUAGCUCAUCAGCCUAAUUGGUUCAUAGCUUGUUUCAGUACUCAUUCCACACAGUUUUUAAGACAGCCAGUAGUUAGAUAAAAUAUCACAAUCCAAAGUGGGGUUCUACAUGCUUAUUGAAGCUUGCUUGGUAUUUACGCUGGCCGCUAGUGACUGCUGCAGAUUGUGUUGGAAUAAAGCGAUUCACUUGUAAGCA